UCUGGCCGGACAGAAGUCUGGAGACUCCAAAGUUCCCCCUGAGCUCCGGCCAUCCAAGGGAGUAUUGCCCACAUGAUAGAGCUGACAGCCGAAGCAAAUCCUGAAAUAACCCCAGAAGAUAAGAUCGACAUGUCGGACCAUUCUCAAAUAAAUCUCAGGGCCAAGACCAGCACGUUGAGAAAGGACUUAGUGAGGAAGUCCAGGAGCCGGAGCACCUCCCGCCAGAAAGAAACAGCACUCACUCCCAGGAGGGCAGAGAUCUGCCUCCAGGAAGUGCCCAGAGUCGACCGGUCCCGGUCCCAGAGCACCCCCCGCUUUGGGCAGCUCAGCCACAACUCUUUCUUCUCCAGACACAAUCCUCAUCCCAAUCACAUUCAAGAUCUUUCUGGGAAUCCCAUUUGCACUGUAAGAGACAACAUAACUCACCCUUCACUGCCUCUACCUGGACCCAGUUCCAACAUCUCCACCAACAUUUUAGGAGCACCCCAAGUCCAGAUGCCCAUCGGAGACCCACAGUACCUCGUGGAACCCCGCUUAACCCUGAGUUCAUUGUCAAGUAUUUGGAGAGAGGAGCUAAAGCAACUGGCCUCCAAGGUGGCUGCCUUCUCCAAGGAAGCAGAGUUGAAGAAGAAAAAGAAGGAAGAGACAGAGAGGUUGGCCCAAUACUCCCCAAUGACGGGAAGGCUCAUCCCAGGCUACAUACGGACCAUGACAAGCCGAGCCCCCCGAACCUCCCAUAGAGGCAACCUUGAGAGCAAAGAUAUGAUGCCUGCUGUCCAGGACCAAGAACUACUGAUCCUGGAACUGCUGUGUCAAAUCCUACAGACAGAUUCUCUGACUGCCAUCCAGUACUGGCUUAUCUCAGCUAGCCCCAGGGAAAAGGACCUAGUCCUGGGUCUUCUCCAGACGGCUGUGGCUGGGCUGAUACCCGAGCCCCUGAUAUGCUUGCCAGAGGACAGGAUCAUGACAACUCGGUCCAUCAGCCCCAACAACCCAGCCUUUCUCGGUCAAAGCCUGACACUACAGAGGAGUCUGAAACAAAGGUGGGCCAAACCUGAGGUCACGCUGGAUAGAAAAUGCAUUGGCAAAGCUGAGGUUCUACAGUUGUGCAAAAAUCCAGAAGAAAGAAGAAGAUGUAACUGAGCCCCUGAAGGACUCCCCCCAUCUACACAACCGUCCCAUGCAACGGCACUUCCUACUUGACGCUGGGGGUUCUCCUGAGGGACGGCCU